CCGCCUCCAGGACGAAUUCUUAUUUAUCAAUGUAUGUGGCAGAAAUGCGAUGUUCAAGCGGAUACUUCCGAUGCGCUCUAUGAACACAUCAAGACAAUUCACAAUCUUGAAUAUUUCUGUAAAUUUUCCAUUUUUUUUCUUUUAUUCCGGGCUUUAUUGUAUGUGAAAAGAUUGCCUUCCCUCACAGUUUUUAUUUCAGCUGAAGGCGAAAAACGUUAUGCAUGCUUAUGGUCUACCUGCUUUAGAAACAAGCGAUUUCCGAGAUCGUUUUCGUUGCUGCCUCAUCUACAGCAGCAUAUCAAAUACAAGCACUUACCGCGGUGUGCGCGAUUCAUCACUCCCGACAAAAAGAGCAAUGAGCAGUAUUUGCAGGAAUUUCUUCAGUUUAACCGCAUCAUCAGCAGCAACCACCUCAGAAGCUCCGGUCACCAUAAGAACAUCCUAUGCCCGAAAGGCACAUCCCCUGGUUACGCUUCAUGCACCGUUCGUCCUGCCAGCCUCUCAUGGUCAGAUGCAAAUUACACCAGCAUUCAUGAUCCCACAACAGCAACAGGCAUCCAAUUUUCCACAGGUCGGUUUUCACUGGGCUCCUGCACUCAUCAAGUGUUGUUGUAGAA